AUGCCAUGGUCCAUUAUUGGGAUGGGUAAAAACAAAUCGACUAGAUGCUAUUGGAUAGUAUUUUGUUGGAUUGCCACCUUGUUCUUCUUUAUUCUUUCAUUGAAAUCAAUGACACCUGAAAACAAAGCAUCAAAAAAAAAGAACUCUUUAUUCCUCUUUGAUGUUUUGAAUAAUAAACCUCCCACAUCAAAAGCAAUUAAAUCCUCAUCGAUGGUUCUUUUCAUUGAUUCGAGUUGUUUCAUCAGUUCUGUAGAUCAAAAAAAAGUUGACUACGACAAUGAGAGUCCCUUUCAUUCUUAA